UAAAGACGCAGCAGCCUGAGCAAAACUCUCUCUCAGAAGAAGGAUCCAGAAACUCCUGGAACUGUCUCUCAGAAGAAGGAUUCAGAACCUCCCGGAACUGUCUCUCACAUCAACGAAAAACAAACAUACAGCCAGAUGACUCUGGAAUUCAAACACACAACUCACCAGGGAGACUUAUUUUUAGGUUAGUUCAGAACUAAAUGCUCUUUUCUUUUUUUUUUUGAAUAUACUUUUCUGGUUGUGUUUGAGAGUAGUUGAAAUAAGUCAGAAAAGUGUGUUUGAUGUAUACCUGUGUGUUGACACUGCUCGUCCUGAGCCUGGGGUUGGGGCAUGCUCAGAGGUCCACCCAGGAAGCCUUCAUAAUGCAGUAUUUUGAGAGGAGGAUUGCCCAACUUGAGGUAAGAGACAUAAACUACAUGUUUCCUUCAUUACGCACACAAUAUGAAUGCAUUGUCUUAUGGUCAAAUAAAAAAACGAAUAUCUUAUAUUUCAGAUUACUCUACCUCGUUGUUUAGUCUGUAUUGAUAACAUUACAGUAACACUAAACUAAAACCAAAGUUAACAGCAAAUAUCAAAAACUCAUGUUCAAUCACUGUGACUAUGCGAACUAUGGACUCCAAUGCAUAUACCAAACUCAUUUGCCACCAAACACAGUUUGCUAAUGUUUUGGUUUGUUCAUGUGGCUAGCGUGUACCGCUGAACAUGUCCCAAAGUUAUUAUACAAAUGAUCACACGCAAGUAGAAUUUGUUAACAAUGUUUAUGAAGAAUUUAAGUUACAUUGUUUCGAUUUAUCGACCUGUACUCACCAUCGCACCAAAAAAUAUUGGACUGAUUUGGAGGGGCGAGCCGGUGACGCCCAGUACGAAAAAGGCAGUUUCAUUCAAAACUAGCAGUAUUUCAAUUUUCUCGAUUUGUCAGUUGGGAUAAUGGGAUAAUUAGGAGUACAGCGACAUCUUCUAUAACUGGAUUGAGGUACGUUUUCGAGCCAUAUCCCGCGCCUGCUCCACUCUUGCCCAGAUUAGGGCAGCCAAGCGUUUACGAUCUGUAGGGAUCUCAGGUUGGAACUAUUCUGGAUAAUUUCAGGAGAGCUUGAGCUGGUGUGACAUUUUGUCCCAGUUUUUUAUGUAUUCAGCAGUAUGAGUAAUUAUUGAUGUUAUAGGCACUCUGCCUUAGAAGCCAGUUGUUGCUUCAGUUAUUGGCUAUUUAGAUGAUUGUUUGUCAUUUUGAAAGUUUACGUUUAUAUGUCAGAGUUCCUCAAUGUCUUGUAAACAUCCAUGGUUCCAUUUCACCUUCUGCACCUGUAAAUAAAUACCUCAAUUUUGCACCUGAUUUUGUCUGAAUCCUUAUGCUUCACACCCCCUGACAAGACCGCCUAGGGUCCACUAUCUUACAAUCACAUUGUGCCACUUCUUAGACAGCAUCUGCUUGCUCACCUCUCUUGCCCAGGAGCGUCUAAUCAAAUGUGAGCAGAACACCCAGCGGGUGGACCAGAAGAUCUAUGACCUGUCUACAGAGGUGCGUGGCCAGCUGGCUAACAUGGAGGUGCACCGGACGGAGGUAAAGACCCAGGUGGAUAGUGUGGCCAUGCGGGUGGAGCGGGUGGAGAGGGACGUGGAGUACCUGGAGAAUAAGACCCCUAACCAGCCCCACAUUGAGGUGGAGGAGGUCCUGAUGGAACAGCAGAUGAAAGACGCCCAGAAGAAAAAAGUAAAGAUCACACUGGGGACAGGUACAUAGGAAACUGAUGUUAACUAGAAAACAAUGUAAUAUAUGUGUGUGUGUUGUACAUUACAUAUAUUGAGAAAUCAAUUAGGAUACAUUCAAUCUUACUCUUGUCCUUUCAUGUAUAGACUGCGACAUAGCUCUCACUGGUGUGAAGUCUCUGAAGAUAGUGAAGAAAGCAGGGGACGUCUAUGGAUCCUGGCUGAAAGACCCUACUAAGGGCUCUGCCAAAAUCUAUUUCUUCAGUGGGAAUAAGAACAACACCCUACUAGAGUUUAAAUCCCUGAAGACCUUCACUGAGGGAAGGCUCGCCCAGGCUCAUCCAAUUCAGCUCCCCUUUCCCUGGCAGGGAACUGGCCAUGUGGUCUACAAUGGCUUUCUGUACUAUCACAGGGCAGACACACCCAACCAGAUCUUAAAGGUGCAUCUCCUCAACCGCACUGUGGCCGACAGUAUGCUGCUGCCCGGAGCUGGCCGCCUGCCGACCUACGCCCUCACCACACACACCUUCCUGGACCUGGCUGUGGACGAGCUGGGCCUGUGGGUCAUCUACUCUGACCCAGAGUUUGGGGGCAACCUGGUGAUCACCAAGCUGGACAAGAGCAGCCUUGCUGUGGAGCACAUCUGGGACACCACCUGUAAGAGCCACAACGCAGAGUCAGCGUUCAUGAUCUGUGGAACGCUGUAUGUGGUGUACAACUCCCGCUACGGAGGGCGCUCCAGCAUCCAGUGCCUGUACGAUAUCCACGACACCAUCCACAGUGAGCAGAGCCCUGUGCUGUUCUUUCCUAAGCGCUACACCAACCACUACAGUAUGCAUUACCACCCCAAGGACAAGCAGCUCUAUGCCUGGGACGACGGCUACCAGACCAUCUACAAAGUGGACCUCAAGAGCAAGGCUGAAGUCUGACACAAAUCUACAUUAAAAGCAGUGUGUGUGCAAAAGUUAAGCAAGGACACGUCCUCUUUGUCCUGAUGGUUGCAUAGGAUGUUCUUGGCAGAUAGUCAAAUCAAUGCAGUCCUGAUUUUUUAAAAUCUAUAACCCCUCAUUAUCAGUCAUAGAACCACAGGUGUAUUAAAUUCAAAACAUAACUAAUGAACAAUGUCCAUAAUCUAUUAUCAUAAUAAAAAGUAUAGCCAACAAUAUAUCAAUUUAAGUUGAGGUAACACAAUACACAGUUUGCUCGAGGCCCAUAUUUGCAUGUGACUUUCUGCAAGAUUAUAAUAAACUGCAUUUAAAAAGUUGUUUUUCUGAGAGCAAUGUAGUGGUCAGAUGCUUCUUGG